CCCGCUCCCUCGCUGAUAACAUGAUUAUAGGCUAUCAUUGUGUGCGUGUGUGACUUGUAGACCCGGUAGCUUCAUUCGCUCAUUGAUCGGCGGUCACUCGACGCGGAAAGUUUCACGGAAAAGUGCAGCAAAAAUGGCAGAAACAUCUACUCCGGGCAACAAGAGGGUAUUAUCCAUCCAGAGCCAUGUGGUGCACGGCUAUGUGGGAAACAAAGUGGCCACCUAUCCAUUGCAGUUGCUCGGUUUUGAUGUGGACCCACUGAACUCGGUCCAGUUCUCCAAUCAUACGGGCUAUAAGACCUUCAAGGGUCCAGUUUCCAACGAAAAGGAAUUGGCCACCAUUUUCGAAGGUCUGGAGGAGAACGAUCUACUCCCUUUGUACUCGCACCUCUUGACCGGUUACAUCGGUAACCCACUGUUUCUCCGUCAAGUAGGCCAAAUUGUGAAGAAGCUGCGACAGGCUAAUCCUAAUCUAGUUUAUGUCUGUGAUCCCGUAAUGGGUGACAAUGGGGAGCUAUACGUGCCCAAGGAACUGCUUCCCGUGUAUCGGGACGAAAUCAUUCCCCUGGCGGAUAUCCUCACCCCAAAUCAAUACGAAGUAGAACUGCUUACCGAGAAGGAAGUUCGCAGCGAGCAGGCUGUUUGGGAGGCAAUGGAGUGGUUCCAUAAGCGAGGUAUAAAAACAGUGGUCAUCUCCAGCAGUGAUCUUGGCCAGCCUGGCGUUCUCCGGGCUUUCUUAAGCCAACAGAAUGGUCCCCGCCUGGCCAUCGAUAUUCCAAAGCAGGGUGGCAAGGAUCUGGUCUUCACCGGCACCGGUGAUCUUUUCGCCUCCCUGUUCUUGGCUCACAGUCAUGGCAGCAAGGAUAUUGCCAAUGUCUUUGAGAAAACCAUUGCCAGCUUGCAGGCUGUGAUCAAACGUACAGUGGCUGCCCUGCCAAACGGAGGAAAUGGCCCCGUGAAAGCAGCCGAACGAGAACUGAAACUGGUGCAGUCCAAGUCGGAGAUCGAACAGCCCCAUGUGCUCCUCAAGGCGCAACGACUUAACUAGACAGUGAAAACCAAUAUGAACUUGGAGAAACGCUUACCUUAAAAAUACAUAUAUGCUCUUUGUACUUGUUCACGGACAAUAACCUUUUGAUACUUUAUGAUCGGCAUUUGUAUGCAUUGUUAUAACGAUAUAUGAACAUUUUCAAUCAACAGAGUGACAAAUUAAGUACCCAAACAUACAUUGAUAAACCGCAGAGAUCAAAUACAAACUUAUGCUCAUACGGACAAGCUUUGAUACCUUAAGUUAAACUUUUAUAUGCAUUAUGAUACCUAUUAACUACAAAAAUAUAUAUUUAUAUGACUAUAGUAAAA